UGGAUUUAAUCAAUAAAAUCCCGGAUUUUCAUGAGUAGUAGGGGAAAUUCACAGGAGCUCAAUCAAAAAUAAAACAUUCCAGGAAAACAACAAGAGAAAUGUCAAAAUGGUUCGAUAAGGAUAUAUUUGUUUGUUACUCUGAAAAUUUUCGAGAAAGAAUGUUUCCUGUGUCUCAAUUUUCGUGUCGAAGUACAAUGUAUCGAAUAGUUUAAUGUAGCUGUGUUGGAAUAUUUUAAAAGUUGUUCAUAAGAAAUUUAUCGACUGACACCUAUAAAGUAUUUAUUUUAAAAUGGAGUCGUUUUUGAGUUUAUUUGAUUCUGGUGUGUCUGAUUCUAAAACUGAAGAAUUCAGCUUAGACAAUGUUAGUAAUCAGGAAGCUUUACCUCCUGAACCACAACUAGGAAAUGUAGAAUAUAAAUUAAAGAUAGUUAAUCCCUCAAAGCAAAGAUUUGAGCAUUUGGUCACCCAGAUGAAAUGGCGCCUUCGUGAAGGAAAUGGGGAGGCAAUUUACGAGAUUGGUGUUGAAGAUAGUGGGAACCUGACUGGUCUUUGCAACAAUGAUAUGAGUGCAAGUUUGCAUUCUUUACAGCGUAUGGCUAAGAAGUUGGGGGCUACCACCACAAUUUUAAGAAAACGCAAACUCGAUAAUAAUAGAACUGUUGCAGAAGUACUUGUGAGAAAAAUUCCAGAUGAUCAAGACAACAUUGAGAUAAGGAUAGCAGUUUUGGGAAAUGCAGAUGCUGGUAAAUCCACCUUACUGGGUGUCUUGACUCAAGGAAGCUUGGACAAUGGCCAAGGAAGGGCUAGAUUGAACAUGUUUCGUCAUUUGCAUGAAAUUCAAAGUGGGAGGACUUCGUCCAUUUCUCAUGAAAUAUUGGGUUUCAAUUCUAAGGGUCAGCCAGUUCAUUACAGUUACAGUGAUCUGAUAACAGCAGAAAAGAUUUGUGAAGCAUCAACAAAAUUAAUCACAUUCAUAGAUUUAGCAGGUCAUAAGAAGUAUUUUAGGACAACCAUUCAAGGUUUAUCAGGUUAUUCUCCUCAUCAUGCUAUGCUUGUGAUAUCUAGUACAGCAGGUGCUACUGGUAUGGCCCAAGAACACCUUGCAUUAGCAGUUGCUUUAAAUGUACCUUUCUUCAUAGUUGUAACAAAAACCGACCUUGUAUCUCCAGUGAAUACUGUCAAAAGUUUGAAAUCCUUCUUAGAACAAAUCGGUAUCAGAAGAGUCCCUCUGGUAGUAGAAACAUUAGAUGACGUAAUAACUGCUGGAACUAACCAGCUUCUGGCGAAUGUCGUACCAAUAUUUUGCGUAUCUUCAGUCAAUGGUGACGGUCUAGAACUUCUGCUUAAAUUUCUACAUGUUCUGCCACCUGGAAUAAGCUCCAAAGAAAGAGAUAGGUUGGAACAAGAGCCUGCAGAGUUUCAAAUCGACGAAAACUUUCGAGCUGGUAACAUCGGCCAGGUUUUGGGGGGUUUGUUGACUAAGGGUGUGAUUUCGGAAGGUACUAAAUUGCAAAUUGGACCAAUGAAAGAUGGUUCCUUCCGCAGGGUUUGCGUCAAAUCUAUACAUAGAAAUAGAGUGCCAUGCAGGGCAGUAAGAGCUGGCCAGAGCGCAGCUAUUUGUCUGGAUACUCACAUACCGAAUCUAAGGAACGGUAUGGUUCUAGUCGGUAACAAUGUGACGGCUUCUGGAUGUGAUUUCUUCCAAGCCACAAUUUCUGUGAUCUACCAUGCUACAGCGAUUCGUAAAGGGUUUGAAACUACAGUGCACAUUGGAAAUAUUAGACAAACAGCUGUUUUAGUUGGGAUAUACAACUCGGAAUCUCUUCAAACUAAUGAUACUGCAUCUGUUCUCUUCAGGUUCAAAGGGCAUUCUGAAUAUGUGACCAAAGGUCAACGACUGCUGUUCAGGGAAGAAACUGCCAAAGGUAUCGGUGAAAUUACCCAGGUAUUCCCCAAGGAAUAGUAAUUAUCUACUUUCAGUAUUUAAAUGUCUGUUAAACAAAGUAUUGUGGUGUGAUUGGUGCUAAUAUUAAUCUUUGACCAAUCAAAAUUGUCUUACCAAUUAAGUCUUUGUGACAAUGUUAUGUAUUUUAUUCAAAAAAUUUACUUAUUUCAACAAUUCGCAUAUUUGUGAAAAUAUACGUGACAUAUUAGAUCGGGCAUCAAAAUUGUAAUGUAUGUACAAAAUAGUGAAACUUUAAGAUGACAUAGUUUUUUAUUAGAUGUACUUUUAUUUUUGUGGAAAUAUAAUUGUUUUUUGUCA